GGAGGCCGGGAAAGGGGACCGAGCAUUAGCCUUGACUUCCUCUGGCUGCGCUGGCUAAGUGCUUCUCCCGUUAUCUGAGAAAGAAAGGAGCCUUUGAGACUGCCUUCAGUCACCUUCCACCUCGCCAAGGAGAGGACUGUGGGCACCAUGUCCCUACUCCUGGUGGCCGUCUCUGCCUUUCACAUCCUCAUUCUCAUUCUCCUCUUCGUGGCCACCCUGGACAAGUCAUGGUGGGUCCUCCCUGGGAAUGACUCACUGAAUCUUUGGAAGGAAUGUGUGGCAUACACGAACCAGUCUUCCCAGGUCUGGGAAUGCAGAAAUGUCAGCGAAAAUGGCUGGCUGAAGGCCGUGCAGGCCCUCAUGGUACUGUCCCUGGUGCUCUGCUGCCUCUCCUUCAUCCUCUUCAUGUUCCAACUGUACAACAUGAAGCGAGGGGGCCUCUUCUACGCCACUGGCCUUUGCCAGCUCUGCACCAGUGUGUCGGUGUUCACCGGGGCCCUCAUUUACGCCAUACACGUCAAGGAGUUUCAUCAAGCCGACGGCUCCUUCGGCUACUGCUUUGCCCUAGCCUGGGUGGCAUUUCCCCUGGCGCUGGCCAGCGGCAUCAUUUACAUCCACCUGAGGAAGCGAGAGUGACCUCCCCCUCCCCUGGCCAGCUGGCCCUGGCUCACAGCGCUGAACCAGUGAGACAGCAGCCUCUCCAGCCCUGCCUCCCUAUGCCACCUUGGCCUGGGGCAGGUCAGAGGCCUCCUCCGUGGAAUGGAGGAAGAAGAAGAUGCUUUCUCGGUCCUCCUCCUCCUCCUUCUGGCCCAGCCCCUCUGACACACACUUCCUGCCGCGGACACUCAGUGCUCUGAGGUCCUUUCUCCAGCUCUGACUCAGGCAGCCAGUGGCACAGUGCCCAGAUCACGGGGCCAGGAGGCAAGACCUCAGUUCAAAUCUGGCCUCAGGCACUUACUAGCUGUGGGACCUUAGGCAAGUCACUUAACCUGUUUGCCUC